AUGAGACACGAACACGACCCGAGGUUUCCAGAACGGCCACCAUACACUGAUAGACACUCACCACCCUCGUCAUCCUCGUCAGUUACACUCAAACACUAUUCUUUUCAAGACCUAUUGUCAUCCGUCCUCUCACUAUAUCUCUACCGCUGUGGCGCUCGAGGCCCGGCAACCGCGGCGGCGGAGGCACUUUUCCUGCGCCCCAAUGCCCGAGUUCUAAUUGUCCCGGGAUCGAUUGUCCAGAUCCCGAAUGCCCAGAAAGCCCCACCUGAAAGCAGUGACAGCCCGAUAUCAUGGCUUGUGCGGAACCUCUGUGAGAAGGAGAUGUCACUUUCGUCUAGUACGGUUGAGGAACUUCAUGGAUGCCGCUAG